AUGUUCACGGUAUUAUGGUUCGUUGCGCUUACCGCGUCAGUGAUCGAUGCUGAAGAGCUUCAGUUCAAUCACAUGGUACCAGACACAGAAACAAGUCUAACAGUUGAGGAUUUCCGACUCGCCAAGGAUUUGCCUAACAUAUCUCCUCCGAAUGACUCGGAAAUGUACUACGCGCAUCGAUUCGAGGGCGAUAUCGAUGAUCCGUAUAUGACGUCCGCAGUCGCAAGUGGUGUCCCGAUGAACGCCAGCAUUGGGUCAGCCGUUUACGGCAAUGCUAUAAGAGACCGUAGAAGGAGAUGGCCAAGCGGCCGUGUUCCAUAUACCAUUUCAUCGCAAUUUAACCAAAAAGCGCGAGCCACGAUUGCUGCUGCUAUGGAAGAUUAUAAGAAACAUACUUGCAUUCAUUGGACACCAAAAUCUUCGUCUGACAACGACUAUGUCCACAUCGUACCUGGACAAGGCUGUGGACAGCAGAAGCUCAAUCUUGGUCAAGGAUGCCUUUACAAGGGUAUUAUCAUGCACGAGAUGAUGCACGCAUCUGGCUUCCAACACGAACAAUGUUUGUCCUUGUUUCUUCGCCAUCAAUUGAAAUCACUUUUGGGAUUCACUAGCAGAAUCUAA